CUUCCCCGCAAUAGGAUCGGAGCAAUGGAUAAUUUAUUGCCUCUGCAGUCAUCUCUCGACUUCAUCCGUCCGGCAACGGCCUCUUUUAUUUGCCCAGUUCUCAUAUUCCAAGUUUCUCUUUUCUAAAUUUUGAAUUUCCCUAUCAUUCACUGGUCGUAGCACGUCAUGACGUACGAAUCAACAAUCUCCUUCACCCUCGACACCAUCUGUCCGUGGACCUACCUCGCCAAACGGCGCCUCGACCACGCUCUGUCGCAAUAUCGCGAAGCCAAUCCAUCCUCUCCCUGCACAUUCAAGGUAAAGUUCAUGCCCUACCAGCUGUAUCCGGAGGCUUCGCAAGAGGGCGAGGACAAAUUCGCGUGGUACAAGAAGUCGCGCUACGGCGAUUCAGAGGAGAAGAUGCGGAUGUACACGACCCUCAUGAGCGCAUACGGGGUCGCGUGUGGAAUCAACUUCAAGUUCGGAGGUGUAGUCGCCAACACACUGAACGCGCACCGUGUCAUACAGUGCUUUCAAGAACGCCGCGGCCUCGCUACCGCCGAUAUGAUCGUCGACAGUCUGUACAAGCAGUAUUUCGAGGAAGAGAAGCACCCCUCGAGCCACGAGACGCUAAUGAAAGCCUGUACAGAUGCGGGGAUCGGCGAAGAUGAAGCGCGGCAGGUGUUGGAAGACGAGAGCGAAGGCCUGAUGGACGUCAAGAUGCUGAUCAGGGAACAGGCGGGUAAUGGCAUCGACUCUGUGCCCCAUAUUGUAUUUGAAGGUAGGAAGAGGGAUCUUACAUUGGAAGGCGCUAAAGACGUCAACGAAUACAUGAAAGUGCUGGAGAUCAUUGCAAAAGAGAGUGCAUAACCAACAAGUUUCGGCGUCAAACUUCACACCCGAUGCCGACCUGUUUCCACUGGCCGAUGCAUCUAUCUUGCCCCCAAGUUCAAAGUUUCGUCUUGUCCAUUCGAAUGCGAUUUUCCCUUCUUGAUCCACUCCUCGAGACAGCCAGCAGCACUAGCUUAAAAGCCGUCAAUCCAGUCUUUGAACAGUAUGCCGUAACAGAGCACAUCCGAUAUCACCGUUGGCCCUGACAAGAGCGUCAAAUUUAGCA